CUAACUUUGCUCAUCAAAAUACCUCACAUAUUUCAGGUUAUGUGAAUAACAUGGAUUUGUUUAUAAUUAACAGGUAUAUAGGAGAGAAUGUUGAUGAUGAUUUAAUUGAUAGAGAAACAAAACAUUUACAAAAAUUAAAACAAAAAAUUGAAGAGAGAAAGAAGACACAUCGGAAUCAAAAGGCUAUAGAUACAAUUACACUUAAACAUGAAGAUACAGAAAAGCAAUUUGAAUGUUACAAGCCACUGGAAACUGAAAACCUAAAAGAUUCUGUAGAAAAUAAUGACAAAGAAAUAACUGAGGAAAAUAAGGGAAUAAAAAGAAAAAAAUCUACUAAUGAUAGAGUUGAAUUCAAAGUUUUAGGGAUAAGUGAUUUUGAAAAAAAAUCUAAGGUAAUAAUGAUUAAAAAUGAUAUGAUUUUAUAAAAACUGUUGAUUAUGUAUGUGUCUGUAUGUGCGCGUGCAUGCAAACAUGUAAAAAGACAGGGUGGGAUACAACAAGUGGGAUUCUUUGAUUUAAAGAAUAAUCUGAUAAAACUUUCCGCUUGCUGCAUUGUAUAAUGGAUGCAGUAUGCAAAUGUUCACUACACCGUUGCCGCCUGCCCCCUCUCUAAUGGAUGCUUAGCUUUAACUUUUGGUCUUGAAAUAAAAGCACAUUCCCACUGUAUUUGCCUAUGUAUAAUACUGUUACACUUGUUCUCUUAUUCUCUAUCAUUAUGUCCUCUAUAUCAGGUCUUGCCUCAUUCAUUCUUGUCACCUAAUACAAUAUAAUAUUCCAUUUUUAAAUAGUUUCACAUUCCAUUCUUACAUAAUAUGUAAUAUUUACUUAUUGGAUCUUAAUGGGGAAUAAUUUUCAUGGUGCCUUUGGUCCUGAGAGAUAAUAAUAGACUAUGGUAACUCCUUUACAGUUCAGGCUACACGCCUUGGGAACUCCUUGCCUGAUGACAUCAGAAAAGUUCCCAAUAAGUUUGCUUUUAAAAAGUUGGUGCAUAAUCAUCUAUUAAAGACAAGGCUUCUUACAAGAAUCAUCCAUGUCAUUUAUAUUUUUAGACGUAUAUAUUCAUAGUUAUUUAUAUGUACUAUUUGUAUAUGUAUCUUGUGAAUAUAUGUAUGCUUAUGUAUGUAUGUAUAUAUUUGUAUACAUGUAUAAAUAGGAGAUAUUUUUAUAGUUUAUUUAUUGUGUAUAUUAGAAAUGUAUAUGUGACAUAAUUAAUUAUAAUUUUUAUUUUGUUCUUGUUCUAUAUUGCUACAUCUACUUCAAAUUCUCACCACUCCAUGGGUUGACUGGUAGAGAUUGCCUCAAGGUAUUAAGUCCGCCCUUUGUAUUCUUUUAGAUUAAGGAAUGCAAUAAAGAAUUAAUAAGUAAAUGAAGAGAAUAAAGCAUAUCCACCAAAUUGGCAGAGAGAUUUAGGAAUAAUAGCAAUGCCAAUAUUGGCAAAUUAUUGAUUUACAAAAUGUAUUGGUGCUUAAUUUGUUUAAACUUUAGUUAAUUAAUUACAGGUGCAAAGAGUUUUACCACGUUGGUUAUCUCAUCCAUACAGUGUUUCAAAAAAUUUACAAAAUUUAACUUGCAAAGUGGAUAAUCAACUUUGGUUACACAGCAUCUUAAAAAAUACAUUACUCAAUGAAGGUAUAACUCACUUCUUUCCUGUACAAGAACAAGUAAUACCUUUUAUAUUGAAUGAACACAAAUUACCCUAUCCACUAUGGCCACAUGACAUUUGUGUUUCUGCACCUACAGGCAGUGGAAAGACGUUGACAUUUAUUCUCCCAAUAAUUCAGAUAUUAAUGAGUGAAAUUGGUCAUUACAUACGGGCUUUAAUUGUUUUACCAGUGCAAGAGCUAGCUACCCAGGUCGCCAAAGUUUGUAAAAAAUAUUGUACAAAUACAGGCUUAAGAGUGGCCUUGUUGAGUGGUUCUACACCAUUGCAUCAGGAGCAACAACACCUUAUGAAAUAUAGUAAGUAGGUUAUAUCAACAUAAUGUUUAAUAUGUUUUACAUUCUUUAAUGUUGUAACUACAUUUAUGUAAUAUUUAGGCCUAGAAUGCAAUGUUAACAGACAAAAUAAUGUAUCAGGUACUCUACAAAUAUGGCAAUCCAUAAUGCUGUGUUAGUCCGUAUUUUAAUGUAUGAUAGUGAAAUUUGGGUGUGGCAGAAGCAUGAGAGUAGAAUAAAUGCUAUAGAAAUGCAGUUAUUAAGGAGAAUGUUAGGGCUGAGCCUGAAUGACAGGGUGAGAAAUUGUAUGACAAGACAAAAGUGUGGUUUGCAAGAUGAUGUUGUGACAACGAUUAAGAAAGGAGUGCUUCGGUGUUUUGCUCAUGUAGGAAUAAUGAACGAGGAAAGAGUGACAAAGCAAAUCUAUAUUGCAGAUGUAAACGGCAGAGUCUGGAAAGGGACUUGGCGAUAUAUUGAAAAUGGGCCAGAUUAGGAGUAACCGCCGAGCAUAUAUGCAUAGAUAUAUGGAUGUAAAAGAGGCGAAAGAGGUGUGUCAGGAUGGUGCUAAAUGGAAGUCCGUAGUCUCUGCCUACCCCUCUGGGUGACAGGUGUAAGUGUGUAUGUAUUUAUGUAUGUACUCUCACUACUUAGCUAAAGCUGGUCAAUUAAAAAAAUAUAUGUUAUGCUUUAGCUUAAUGAAUGGUUGAGUUGGUUACUACUUAAGUUCUACUAUGUAAGUUAUUAUGGUUAUGGAUUCUUUCGUUCAAAUAAGAUUAUGAAUUACUUCCUUACUUACAAGAAGCAACUUUAUAAUCCCUCAAGCAGCAUGCAAUGAAGUGCCAUGUCUUUUAUAUCCAUCACUAGCAGCAUUCACAGCGCCUAUUGUAUAUAAAAAUUAUUAAUAAAGGUAUUAAUGUGUCUUAUUAAAGUAUUAAAUCUAUUUCAUUUUUUAGCUGAAUCAUCAGGAUGGAUUAGUGAAGUGGACAUCGUAGUGUGCACAGCUGGAAGAUUGGUAGAGCACUUACAAAAUACUGAAGGGUUUUCAUUAAGACAUUUAAAGUUUCUAGUUAUAGAUGAAGCUGAUAGAAUCAUGGACAAUAUUCAAAAUGAUUGGCUUUAUCACAUGGACAGGCAUAUACGGCUAGAACAUAAUUUAGUGACAAGUAAAGUUCCCCCCUUGAAUUGGAACAGUAUAAGUGAUCAAAAAUCAUUACCUCAAAAAUUACUUUUUUCUGCUACUCUUUCCCCUGAUCCUGAGUUGUUAGAACAAUGGGGAUUGUAUCAACCAAAACUGUUUUCUGCCGCCCCAAUUUCAGAUUUUGAAGGUGAACACCUUAUUAAAAAGUAUACAACACCUGAUGAACUAAUUGAGCAAUUUGUGACUUGCAGUGCUGAAGAAAAACCUCUUAUAUUAUUCCAUUUAUUAGUAGAGAAGAAAUGGGACAAAGUUCUAUGUUUUACAAAUUCAGCACAAUCGGCACACAGGUUAACAGUUUUACUCAAUGAAUGGGGUAAAGAGAAACUUAAAGUUGUCGAAUUAUCAUCAGCCUUAGACAGAACAAGUAGGGAGAGUGUAUUUAAAAAAUUUACCCAGUCCGAGGUUAAUGUGUAAGUAAAUUUGUUUACAUUUUAGAUUUGACUACAUAUUAUGUAUUUUAUCUGCAUAUACUUGUAUUUUAAUACAUUAAAUAUUCAAUACAAAAAUAAUAUUUUUAGGAUAAUCAGCACUGAUGCAUUAGCUAGAGGAAUUGAUAUACCAGAGUGUAGUUAUGUUAUAUCAUAUGACCCUCCUAGAAAUAUAAAGACCUACGUUCAUAGAGUUGGAAGAACUGGUCGAGCAGGAAGAGUAGGCACUGCUGUGACUAUAUUACUUCAUAAUCAGUUAAAUAUGUUUAAGGUAAGUGAAUUUAAUAUAAUGAUGUUUAAAUAUUUUCAUUGAGAUAAGACACAUUCUAGGUGU